UGUUUUGGGGAAUUGUGGGAACAUAAUUAAUAUGGUUUGACACAAAACAUGUUUAUAUGGUUACCUCUUUCAUCUUUCUCUCCUCCAUUCCAACCCCAGUAUUCUGCAACUAGGGUUUCUUGCUUCUCAACAAUCUAUAAAACAAGCCCAACAAGUCCUGAACUUUUCCAUUUCUACAUAAAAUUUUCACACUGGGGUCACUCUAUUUUCUUGAAAAAGAACAAAAAAAAAGCAAAAAAAAUUUAAUCUUUUCCUUUGAGAAAGUGAGUUUCAGGAAUUGAUGGCAAAGACAAAACCAGGGAAAAAAGACCUUGAUUCUUACUCUAUUAAGGGUACCAACAAAGUCGUAAGAAAUGGUGAUUGUGUGUUGAUGAGACCAGCUGAUUCUGAUAAGCCUCCAUAUGUGGCAAGAGUAGAGAAAAUUGAGGCUGACCACCGUAACAAUGUGAAGGUCCGAGUUCGGUGGUACUACCGCCCGGAGGAGUCUAUUGGUGGACGUAGACAGUUCCAUGGGGCUAAGGAGCUAUUCUUGUCCGAUCACUAUGACUUGCAGAGUGCACACACAAUCGAAGGGAAGUGCUUAGUGCACUCUUUCAGGAACUACACCAAGCUGGAGAAUGUGGGCCCUGAGGAUUACUUUUGUAGGUUCGAGUACAGAGCUGCCACAGGAGGGUUUAAUCCUGACCGUGUCGCUGUGUAUUGUAAGUGUGAGAUGCCCUAUAACCCGGAUGACCUCAUGGUACAGUGUGAAGGAUGCAAAGACUGGUUCCAUCCUUCUUGUAUGGGUAUGACCAUUGAAGAAGCAAAGAAAUUAGACCCUUUCUUGUGUUCUGACUGUUCAUCUGAAGAAGAGGUCAAACGGCCUUUGAACUCGUUUCAUGUUGAGCCAAAGUUGUUUUGAAUUCAAGUUUUUGUUGAAUGAUGGAGGGAACAGUGGGAUCCUCCUGCAGAAAGAAGGGGGGAGAGGGAAAGGUGGACCAGUUGUAGAGAAAACUAGAAUUGGUUUUGUUAUCGAGAGGGAAAGACAAUAUUACCUAUUUGUUUAUGUGUUUGCAAUGUACUCUUAAGGGUAUUUUGGAAAAUCAAAAAGCGGGUACAACCACUACCUUCAUGUCGGCUUGGUUCAGUUUUUUCUUAGAUGCCAAAUCAAACCAAAUGUUGUUGGUGUUUUCAAUUUGAAAACCAAACCAAACCAAGUCAAAGAUAUGUCAGUUCGAUUUGGUUUUUGGUUUGCUUCGGUCUUUCAUUUUUUCGCUAACUCCCCUUGCAAAGAAGAUGUCGGACUGAACGAAUCAGACUAACAUCUUCUCCUAUGUUUGGUUUGGGAAGAAAAGGAAAGGAAUGAAAUGUUGUCCAACUAAUUUAGUGGAUUCACGCUCUAAACAUCAGAUGUAAAACUAGCUGAAAAUAUAACCAAACAUUCAAAAAAUGAGUAAUUUGAGGAUUCAUUCUCACCAAAAACUUGAGUAAUUUGAUGGUGGGAAUACCAUAAAGCUUUCAAGAGUCUCCCUUGUGUUUUGCCUUAAGGUUAAAGUCUUUUACCUAUGAUUCACAUUUAGGUUAAAGUCUUCUAACAAACAUUGACAAUACUUCCUCAGUCCCAUUUAAGCAUCAUAAUUCGACUCAAAUUGGGUACUAAGGCAUGAGAUGAAGUCUCAUUUUAUGUAAACAGACUGUAAAAUGAAGAUAACAUUAACUUUUUGAUGAAUCUGAACUUCAAUAAGAACACUGGACAUUGUGUUGCCUUAUUGCAUAAUUUUGGGAGGAGUUUCUUGUAAGGAAAGUGGGCAUAGUUCAUAACAAUCCCAGAAAAGUUAACUUGGGACAAGUAGUAAGCAAUUGUUUAAUUAGAGGCAGUCCAUGAUAAGGUGCAGGUAUCCCUAGUUUUGUAUGGUGUUAGGUGUCAUUGGGUUUUUAUACCAGCUGAAUCGUUUCUGUAUCUGAUUCUUGUCCUAGAAUCUCCGGAAACAGCCUCUCUACCUCCCAAGGUAGGGGUAAUGGCUGCGUACACUUUGCCCUCCCCAGACCCCACUUUGUGGGAUUUCACUGGGUAUGUUGUUGUAUUCUUGUGCUAGAAUCUCUAGUUGCUUAUGUCAUACGUGAUGUGACAUUGGAUAUUUUUUAAUGAAUUAAGUGAAAAGGAAAGAAUUGCAGGAAAUGGCUCUUGGUGUUGUAGGUAGUGGAUGAAUGGCUGUUGAUGGGAAGAAAAAGAAGGGGGUGAGUUGGGGAAUUUUGCUUGAUAUGAUAGACUCAUAUAUGCAUGUAAAAUAUGUAUAUGUGCUUUAAGGGAACAGCAUCAUAUAAUACUAUGCUUGAAAUAUAAGCUUUUGUGAAUCUUCGACUCUAAUUUAUCUGUAGCUAGUAAACAUUUUCGC